GUUUCUACGUCAGCUAAACGAAAUGCACUUGGGGUCCAACUGCUUUCGCGGACCCUUCAUUCACAAGUUUUCCGCAAUGUCUCAUUUCCCUCUCCUCCCUCCUCAUAUGUGCAAAUAUCGCGAGAUCACCUUGCGAUGCACGGCCUCGACCCCGCGCAGGGAUCAGUCCUUCCUGACACUGGGUUUCAAUUGCCGCCAUUGCAGGGAUCCAAUCUUCUCGAACAUUUUCAUCGCAUCGGUUCACAUGCAGCGCAACCGUGGCUAAACCUCGGCAAGUCUUUUGCGUCUGGCGAGAUCCCACCCAAACCAGAUAACUGGGAAAUUCAGAGUGGGUGGACCAAAUAUCAAUUUCUGCCUGAUGGGUCGAACAUGCUCACGUUCGACGUGGAAACGAUGCCUAAUUAUCAUCCUUACCCUGUCCUCGCAUGUGCAGCGUCGCUGAAUAGCUGGUAUGUUUGGAUUUCCCCCUGGCUACUGGGACAUUCGGACUCUCCUCAAUAUCUCAUUCCUUUUGGUGAUCCUACCAUACCCCGCGUUAUUGUUGGUCACAACGUCUCCUACGAUCGUGGGAGGAUUCUCGAGGAAUAUAACGUUGUUUCCACAAAGAAUCGGUUCAUCGACACUAUGGCUCUUCACGUUGCGGUCAAGGGCAUAUCUUCGCACCAGCGGCCAGCCUGGAUGAAGUAUCGGAAGUCCAAGCAAACGGAGCUGGAGCAACAACAGGAAGCAAUAGAGGCUGUCGUUGAAUUAUUGGCUACUGUUAUGGCUGAGAGUCUUUCUCAUACCCCAGAAGUUGACUUAUCCUUGAAAAGAUGGGAGGAUCUUACGUCGGCAAAUUCUUUAGCAGAUGUUGCAAAGCUUCAUUGCGGGAUUGAUAUGGAUAAGCAGACUCGGAGCGAUUUCAUGACCUCGACUCCCAAAGAGAUUCUGAAUAACAUUGCAGACUACCUUGACUAUUGCUCCACCGAUGUUUCUGUCACACACCAAGUUUAUGCGACUGCUUUGCCCGACUUCCUCACUGCAUGCCCGCACCCCGUCUCGUUUGGAGGGAUUUUGACCAUGGGUUCAAGUUUUUUAACAGUCAACGAAGAAUGGGAUGCAUACUUAGCAAGGGCCGAGAAGGUUUACCGAGACUUGGAAGAGGGUGUCCAGAACAAGCUGAAGAAGCUCGCUGAGGAUGCUCGCCUGCUGAUGGAUGGAAAGAAAGAGGAGUGGAAGGACGAUGCGGAGAGCGUUGAAAAAGAUCCUUGGUUGUGUCAAUUAGACUGGACACCGGAUAAUGCAAGAGCUAGAGUGAAGAAAGCAAAAAUGAAGGCUUCGAAGCCACCACCUGUACUUUGGCCCAAGUGGUACUGGGAUGCUACUAAACCCAAGAAAGCCAUGCCUUCAGGCACGCUCGAGAUCACUGUUCGGAACCGUAUCGCUCCCAUUCUUCUACGCCUCUCAUGGUUUGGUUGGCCACUUUUCCACUCUCGCGAACACGGUUGGACAUUUCGUGUCCCUUCAAACGCCAGCUUUAAGACACGCUUAUCACCACUAAGCUUUUAUGACCCUACUGAUGAUAAACUCGCAGAAGCCACACUGAGCGGCGGCUUUGUCUUCUACAAGCUACCCCAUAAAGAUGGCGAGAAGGCAAAUGUAGGAAGCCCGUUAGGGAAAUCUUUCAUCAAGUUUGCGCAAGACGGCACCAUGAAAAGUCCGGGGGACGAAGCCAAGGAGGCACUGGACAUGAAUGCACUCUGCAGCUACUGGAUCAGUGCUCGAGAUCGGAUACUGAAUCAGAUGGUUGUUUGGCAGGAUGCAAAGAACAAACUUGGCCUCCCGAAAUUCUCCUCUGACGAGGACAAUGGGAAAAAGUGGGGGAUAAUUCUCCCGCAAGUCAUUACGAUGGGGACUGUCACGCGUCGGGCGAUCGAGAAAACAUGGCUAACGGCAAGUAAUGCCAAAAAGAAUCGGGUUGGUUCUGAACUCAAAGCAAUGGUUCGCGCCCCUGAAGGAUAUGCCAUCGUCGGAGCUGAUGUUGACAGUGAAGAAUUGUGGAUAUCUAGCUGCAUGGGUGAUGCGCAGUUUGGGUUGCAUGGUGCUACCGCCAUUGGCUGGAUGACGCUUGAGGGUACGAAGGCGGCAGGGACCGAUCUGCAUUCAAAAACGGCAAGCAUUUUGGGAAUAUCUCGUGACCAGGCAAAGGUUUUCAAUUAUUCGCGGAUUUACGGUGCUGGUAUGCGGCAUGCCAUCCUUCUCCUGCUGCAAUCAAAUGCAAGCAUGUUACCGGAAAUAGCCCAGAAGCUGGCUGAAAAUUUAUAUGCGUCGACUAAAGGCAAGAAUACCCAUCGAACUGAUAUUUUCGAGAGGAAGUUCUGGUUUGGUGGAACGGAAAGUUACCUCUUCAACAAGUUGGAGGAAAUUGCACUGUCUGAUAAACCUCAAACUCCUGCUCUUGGCUGUGGUGUAACUUAUGCUCUCUCCAAGGAAUAUCUUCCGGCUGAAUUUGGUUCAGAUUAUAUGCCUUCUCGUGUUAAUUGGGUAGUGCAGUCAUCCGGUGUGGAUUACCUUCAUCUUCUCAUCGUCUCUAUGGAUCACCUUAUCUCCAAAUACAACAUCAACGCGAGAUAUCUCAUCUCGGUCCAUGAUGAACUGCGCUAUCUGGUGGCUGAGGAAGACAAAUAUCGCACUGCCUUAGCUCUACAAAUCGCUAACUUAUGGACACGCAGUUUGUUCGCUUAUAAACUUGGCAUGGAUGAUCUCCCGCAAGGUGUUGCUUUCUUCUCAGCUGUGGACAUUGACAAAGUCCUACGCAAGGAGGUUGAUAUGCCCUGUGUCACCCCCUCUCAACCUAUUCCUAUACCCCCUGGAGAAAGCCUCGAUAUUUUCGGUGUUCUCGCGAAGACAAAUGGCGGCUCGCUGUGGAAGGACGGUCGCGCUAUGGCUGCGAAUGAGGAGGGGCCAUUCCAAGGGACUCUCGAGAGCUACGCCGAGCCUGAUUGUCUCAAGCACAGGUCCGCGAGCGCAGCCUUCUUAAGUGCACAGGCCACGACCGAUUUUGGUGAGGUGAAGGGACUGGCACAACAGGUUUAUGGACGACCUUUUGUUGGCGGUAUGAGGAGUCCUUCCUCUCAUAGAAGGAAGAAGUCCCCCAUCGGUAGUGGAGAAGGAUUCGACUGGUCAGAAACCGUAGAGCGCAUUCUGAGGCCGUGA